AUUACUCAAUCAUUAUUUAAGGAUUCGAGAAGUAAGCCAAAUAUUUAGUAGGUAGUAAGCAGUAAGCAAGUAGGCGGUUUAGAACACACCCUUAAACUUUAUCUAGAGUGUGAAGAAGAAGAAGAAGAUGAUGAUGAUGGAGGAUCUUCAUGAACUUUCUAGGGAGUUGGUGAGAGACGUUUUAGAUUUAGCAGAGGAUGUGGAAGCAGGACCUGCUGACCCAGAGCAUGUAGCGAGUAAAGCAGAGGAAUUUAUUGAAGUUCUUGGAGUUAUUUCCGUACUUUCUGACCAAGAUAUUGAUUAUAGAGUGACUGCAAAUUUAGAAGAAGUAGUCCACCGCUUCUCUGGUACCAGGGAGCAUCAGGCCCAACACACACAGGGACCGGGGCGUUUGGCGUUUGACAUACCGAGUGCAGUUCUGGAGCAUCAAGUUCUUAGUGGCUUACCCGCGGGUCAAAUUGCAGCGAUGUUCGGAGUGUCAAAGAGGACCAUCAGGAGGCGCAUGAAACAAAACGGUUUAAGAAAGACAGACCUCUAUUCAGCUGUGAGUGAUGAGGAGUUAGACCGUAUUGUAAGUGAAAUUCACAGAAGACAUCCAAACACCGGCUACAAGCUAAUGCGCGGUCAUCUGAAUGCAAGAGGUGUGCGUGUUCCAAUCUCAAGACUGCAAGAGUCUUUACGCAGAGUCGAUGCAGAGGGAGUCUACAUGAGACGUCUAAGGCUGCGUGUAUUAAGACGACGACAGUAUUCUGUUCCUGGCCCAAACUCUUUGUGGCAUAUAGAUGGCCACCAUAAGCUCAUCAGGUGGAGAUUUGUUGUCCAUGGUGGGGUGGAUGGAUUCAGUCGUUUAGUGGUCUACCUGACUGUGGCUGGCAAUAAUCGUGCUCAGACGGUCUUACAGAGCUUUAUUGCCGCUGCCGAGCAGUAUGGGCUGCCAUCAAGGGUACGGUCUGAUAAAGGGGGGGAGAAUGCAGAUGUAGCAGAAUUCAUGAUCAGAAGCAGAGGUACCGACAGGAAUUCACACAUCACAGGCAGAAGUGUCCACAAUCAGCGAAUAGAGAGGAUGUGGAGAGAUGUUUAUGAACAUGCCCUGGACCUCUUCUAUCAGAUUUUCACUUCAUUGCAAUAUCAGGGAACACUGAAUCCAGACAAUGAAGUCCAUCUUUUCGCACUGCACCGGAUCUUCCUUCCACUAAUUCAGCAAAGCCUCGACUCUUUCCGAGAUGCUUGGAACUUUCAUGGUCUUAGAACUGAAAGGAAUCAGUCGCCACAGCAACUCUGGAGAAGAUACAGAGAGCAAGGCCCUAUGGAGGAUCCUACUGAGGUUCCUGAAGAGUAUGGGAUCGACUGGAACGGACCUCACAGUCUUCAUGGAGGCACUGUGUCAGUCCCUGAGGUUCAGCUGGCCCGUGAGCUCUCAGAUGAAGAGGUUGCCAUUUUGCCAGCUCCAGGAGUUUCUUUAACUGAUGCACUUAGAUUAUAUGUAGAGACUGUGCAAGUUUUAUCAAGAAUCAUAGCAGACUGAUGUCCAACCCAGUGUUUUAUUUGUUUAUUAGUUUUCAAAGACACUGAACUUGUGUCAAUUGACCUGACCUACUUAACAGUGCAUUCAAUGACAUCUGUCUGAAAAAAUUAAACAAGUCCAAAUCCA